GGCGUGAAGCCAACAGCUAAUGGCAGUUCAAUAUGGCAACCUGUAAACGAUAAGAAGACGUGAAAGUCAGCAUUAAAAAAAUUAAUUUAGAGUUAUGCACGGUACAUCGUUUAGGUUAACUUUCUAGACAGAUCAUUUAUCAUACUAGAAGGAGUCAUGAUGUAUUCGUAUUCAGUAUUCAGAAUCGGAGGAACGACAAAGUGUCUGCAGCAUAUAUUAAAACGUGUGCAUGUCAGAUUACCACAACAGACCUCCGCUUUACGACCUGUUUUUCAAACAAACCGAUGUCCUGCGUCCAAGUGGACAUUUUAUCACACUCGCUCGCUUUACACUGGAGUUAAUUUUUGUAGUAGGAGCGAUGGGAAGGACACGGACCAGGUGCCAGUUUCCAGAAGGUCCCACACACCUCCAAUCCCGUCUGCAGCACAGAAAGUCAAACAAGCUGGCAAAGAUUUCACCUAUUUGAUUGUGGUGCUCAUCGGACUCAGUGUAACAGUUGGACUGCUGUAUGUGGUCUUUCAAGAGCUGUUUUCCUCUUCAAGCCCGAGCAAAAUUUAUGGACAAGCUUUUGAGAGGUGCAGAUCUCACCCAGAGGUAAUUGGAGCUUUUGGAGAGCCCAUCAAAGGUUUUGGGGAGACCAGUCGGCGUGGAAGAAGACAACAAGUCAGUCAUGUUGAGUACAUGAAGGAUGGACUCAAGUACAUGCGGCUGAAAUUUUACAUUGAGGGAUCUGAACCAGGAUUACGGGGAACUGUUCAUUCUGAAUCAAAGGAGAAUCCUGAGACUGGAAAAUAUGAAUUCAGGUAUAUUUUUGUAGACAUAGACACGUAUCCCAGGAGGACCAUCGUCAUUGAAGACAACAGAUAAAAAGGGUUUUGACAGUGUUAUGCAGUAUUGGGAAUUUCAGUAGCAGACGAGCUUUGACAAUUGAAUUCAAGCUCUGAUAAUUGAAUCGGAAUUGGAUUUGUCACGUUUGAAUUUUGUUGUAUUGAUCUUCCACAGAUUAGUCUACAUAAACUUGUGAUAAUCUAGAUAUUUGGACAUGAGAGUGCUUGUACUGAAACAUCUGGUAUUCUGUACAAGGAUUUGCACGUUUUUAUUAUAAAAUCUGUGCUUUGAAAUAAAGAUCAAUUAUAGAAUUAA